AUGCUGCCUACAAGUAUAGCACCGAAUCACUGCCGAGUUUAUUCCCACCAACUUAGAAAAUUCAUGACGCAACCUUCCAACUACUAUGAGUCUGUUCAAAGCUCUUUAUCUUACUUGAAGACCAAGUUUCUGUUCAAACGAGGAGAGAUUGAAGUUAUUGAGUCACCUUCAGAAUUUUAUGAUACUUUGAAGAAGAAGAUAACUACUGCCAAGAAGAGAGUAUUUAUUGCCUCUUUAUAUCUGGGAAGUUCUGAAGAUGAACUAAUAAAAUGUGUUAGUGAUGCGAUGAAGAACAACAAAGACCUGAAGGUCUCCUUCUUAAUUGACGGGUUGCGAGGGACUAGGGAAACACCCGCAAAAUGUUCAGCAAGCUUACUAGCUACUUUGGUUAGAGACUAUGGUAAUAGAGUUGACACAAGACUAUAUAGAACGCCUGCAUAUGUCGGCUGGAAAAGAUUACUGAUACCGAAGAGGUAUAAUGAAGGUAUUGGCUUGCAACACAUGAAGAUAUAUGGUUUCGACGAUGAAGUUUUACUCUCUGGUGCCAAUCUUUCAAACGAUUAUUUUACCAACAGACAAGAUAGGUAUUAUCUAUUCAAAAGAAAAGAAUUCACAGAUUACUAUUAUUCAUUACACAAGACAAUUAGCGCUUUGAGUUACAAAGUAGAAUAUUCAAACAACAAUCAGAAAUAUAAGAUGUUCUGGCCAUCUGACAAUUUAGCUAAUGAGCCUAUUCAUGGAAGGAGGCAGUUUCUAAAGAAAUCCUCACUGGUAAUAUCUGAAUUCCUAAACAGACCGAGAAAACCCAAUAUUCCAAUUGAUGACUUAGGAAAAUAUCCGACAACUGUAUACCCAGUAUCUCAAUUUACUCCUCUUUUCAAUAGAGGUUACGAUGAGUCAACAGAAAGACCUGCAGUUUUGAAAUUGAUAAAUAGUAUGUGCUCUCCAUUAAACGAAUGGUUCUUUACAGCAGGCUAUUUUAACAUGCUUCCAGAUAUAAAGAAAGCAUUAUUCAGUUGCCGCGCUAAAGCGGGUACUGUAAUCACUGCCUCACCAUAUGCAAAUGGAUUUUUUGAAUCCAAAGGAAUGUCUGGGAGUAUACCCGAUGCUUAUUUAUAUUUAUCGAAAAAGUUUCUGAAAGACGUAAGAAAGAGUGGUAAGUCUGAUACUAUAACCUUAAGAGAAUGGCAAAGAGGAGUUGUUAAUAAACCCAAUGGCUGGUCUUACCAUGCUAAAGGAAUUUGGAUUACAGAUAGUACAGACGAUUCAGAUAAAGGAUAUCCCGUUGGGACUAUCAUCGGCUCAUCCAAUUAUACUCGUCGGGCAUAUUCAUUGGAUUUAGAAUCGAAUGCUAUAAUUGUUACCAAAGAUGAACAAUUGAGAGAAAAUAUGCAACAUGAACUAGACAAUAUUCUUAAAUAUACAAAACCUGUAAACUUGGAGGACUUCAAUAAUGAAGCGCAUAGGCAAGUUAACACUAAAGUUAAGGUAGCUACCGCCAUGCUAGGUAAGAGAUUAUGA